GCAGAAAGUAACAACCCAGCAACGAUCCGCUCACAGCCUGAACCCGCAACCCAUCCCGAGGCACCGUCGGCACCUUCGCUAAUACCACACAAUUAAACAAACACUUUCGCUUUCGCUACGCACCUCCUCUCGUUUCCUUCCGCAGCUGCCCCUGGAGGGUUGAACCCUCGUUUGCCAUUCACCCGUCGGUCUUGUUGGGUCCCAUCUUGAAAAAGGGAAGGAAAAUACCCGACCACCAUGGGUUUCGGCACCUUCGAUCAGAUAUGUCUCAAGACACCACUGCCCCUAUGCUCGCUCGUCGGCCCCCCCUCGUCUAUCGAGGGUUCCAGAGGAAUCUUGCCGAAUUGCUAUGCGCGGAAUAUCGAGGUUGCCAACACCAUCAUUUUCCAAGGUGCCGCGGACUGUGUACAUAUCGCGGCUUUGUCUAUGACCGUUAUUAUGAUCUUGCAUGUGCGAUCUAAAUUCACCGCUGUUGGCCGCAAGGAAAUCACGACCUUCUUCUAUAUCUAUAUGCUACUGACAAUGUGUUCUCUUGUUAUCGAUGCCGGCGUUGUUCCUCCAGGGAGCGGACCUUUACCAUACUUUGCAGCCGUACAAAAUGGACUUGCAUCCGCACUCUGCACAUGUCUACUCAUCAACGGAUUUGUCGGGUUCCAGCUGUACGAAGAUGGUACGGCAUUAUCAGUGUGGCUCUUACGAUCCAGUUCCGUCGGCAUGUUUGCGAUAUCCUUCGUCGUCUCGCUCUUCACAUUCAAGGGCUGGGGAGGGCUGGACCCGGCCAACCCGAUCGGCAUGUUUGUCGUCAUUUAUAUUCUGAACGCAGUCUGUCUUGCCAUUUACGUCGUCAUGCAAUUAAUGCUUGUUUAUAACACCCUGGAAGACCAGUGGCCCCUCGGUCAUAUCGCCUUUGGUGUAUUGAUGUUCAUCAUCGGCCAGAUAUUGUUCUAUGUAUUCAGCGAAACUAUCUGCAACAACAUCCAACACUACCUUGACGGAACGUUCUUCGCUACAUUCUGCAAUUUGCUGGCUGUUAUGAUGGUUUAUAAGUACUGGGACUCCAUCACCAAAGAAGACCUCGAAUUCUCCGUCGGCGUCAAGCAAAACAACUGGGAAGUCAAGGAUCUCAACGAAGAGGACCGUCGUCUCACAAUCUACGCGGACAAUGCAUCCGAAUAUGCACCUAGCACUCAAUACCGAAGUUCAACCUUUGGCGGAAACCAUUCCGGUUAUUGAAAGAAGACACAAACCAGUCAAGGUUUCGUCUGACACGACUGCAAAAUAUAACGUAUUUUUCUUGGGCUGGCGUUUUCAUAUGCAUAUUUUGAAUACAUAUUUUGGUAUAUGACAUUAUUUCUCUUUAUGCCCUCUUGGGCUCUAUAUCGUGUUUUAUUGGGUAUCUGAUGGUCGGUUUAAGGUUUACUUUGGGAUAUGUACACAUAAUAGUUGAUAGUGAAACAAUAAUUCUUUUCUCAAA